AUGAAGAAAAUGGACAACACAGUCGCAGGCAGCUGGACUCUAGACAGCAACCCUAUCUCCUCUGCAGUGAAGAACUCCUGCCACCCCAAUCUGAAGAUGUUCCUUGCAGCCUUGUCCUUUGCCUACUUUGCCAAGGCUUUAUCUGGCAGCUACAUGAAGAGCACAAUUACACAACUAGAAAGGCGAUUUGACAUAUCCAGUUAUCUGAUCGGCAUUAUAGACGGGAGCUUUGAAGUAGGGAAUUUGUUGGUGAUUGCCUUUGUGAGCUAUUUUGGUGCCAAACUCCACCGACCCAAGAUCAUAGCAAUCGGAUGUAUCUUGAUGUCUUUUGGGACCUUCUUGAUCGCCAUGCCGCAUUUCAUCAUUGGCCGCUAUAAGAUCGAAACAUCAGUUAGAUCUUCAGUGAAUUCAACCAAUAACCUCUCUCCAUGUCCAGCAAGUUCACCUGAGUCCAUCGGGGCAGGUGACAGACCCUCCAUACUGCCCUCUAGAGGCUGUGAGCGAGAGUCCAGUGUUUCGAUGUGGAUCUAUGUGUUUCUGGGAAAUGUCCUGCGUGGGAUUGGAGAGACUCCAGUACAGCCGUUAGGAAUCUCCUACAUUGAUGAUUAUGCACAGUCCGAGAAUGCUGCCCUUUAUAUUGGUUGUGUCCAAACAAUAUCAAUCAUUGGUCCUGUCUUUGGCUACCUGCUGGGGUCCCUUUGUGCCAAAAUCUAUGUUGACAUUGGCUAUGUGGACAUGGAGACUCUGACUAUCACCCCCGGUGAUGCCCGCUGGGUGGGGGCAUGGUGGCUGGGCUACCUCAUCGCUGGUGUCAUCACUCUCAUGUCUGCUGUUCCUUUCUGGUUCCUGCCCAAAUCACUGCCGAUGCCUGUGGAUAAACACGAUACCAGCUGCACUCCAGAGCAAACCAGGUUCAUCAAAGACUCCCCAAACAUGGAGCACAAGUUCAGACCUGAGGAGCCAGCAAAUUUACAUCAGAUGGCCAAGGAAUUUGUGCCCACAUUGAAGAGUCUCCUGGGAAAUCCUGUGUACAUCAUCUACUUAUGUGUGACCAUCAUACAGUUCAACUCUCUCAUCGGGAUGGUCACCUACAAACCCAAAUACAUUGAGCAACACUAUGGCCAGUCAGCAUCAAAAGCCAAUUUUCUCAUGGGCAUGAUCAACAUCCCAGCUGUGGCCCUUGGGAUGUUCUCUGGAGGGGUUGUCAUGAAGAAGUACAAGCUGGGCAUCAUGGGAGCAGCUAAAUUUGCCUUUGGGACCUCCCUGCUGGGCUACUUCCUGUCGCUCUUUUUCUUAGCCAUGGGCUGUGAGAACUCCAAGGUGGCAGGCAUCACUGUUUUAUAUACCGGAGUGGAAGGAUUGUCUUACCAGGAACGCUCUCUCUUCUCCAACUGUAACUCGGGUUGCUUGUGCUCAGGAAGAGAGUGGGAUCCAGUGUGCGGAGAGAAUGGGAUCACCUACGUGUCCCCAUGCUUGGCUGGAUGCACCUCCUCCUCUGGCUCUGGGAGGAACACGGUAUUUGAAAACUGUAGGUGUUUGGCGCUGGCUGACACCCAACCAGGCAACCUGACAGUCACUCUAGGCCAGUGUCCACGCAGAGAGAGCUGUGACAAAAUCUUUCCAUACUUCCUGGCUCUGUCUGUCCUCAGCUCAUUCAUUAUUUCUCUUGGGGGAACACCUGGCUUUGUGCUGCUCGUCAGGUGCAUUAAACCUGAGCUGAAAUCCCUCGCACUUGGAAUCCACACGUUGGCCACUCGCACACUCGCUGGAAUACCUGCCCCUAUAUACUUUGGAGCCAUAAUCGACACAACCUGCCUCAAAUGGGGAUACAAGAUGUGUGGAGGAAGAGGAGCGUGCAGAAUAUACAACACCUCAGCUUACAGGUAA